AUGUUACAGUUUUUGACAUCGCCAUUAAUCCUCGUGGCCUCAACUUUGGUACCACUGGUUAUAACUUUUGAAACGCUGACGGGGAGCCCCAAAAUGAAUGGUCCAGACAUUUCUGGUUGUCUUCUGAGGUUCUGGUGCGUCCAUGCGCUUUUUAAGGGUUUACCUAAUCCAGUGGCUAGCUUUCUUCGACUUUUACCUUUGGCGAAUUUCUUCGAACUCAUAAUCUGGACCCUGCUAUCGCGGGAGCUUCUGGGGUAUAUGUACCUUCAGGCAGUUGCUUCUGGUGAUUAUGUGCCCAGGGCAACAGACGCUGCAAAAUCGCAGGAUCGAUUUUGGUUUUAUCGCGAUUUGCGUCAGCAAAAUCCCAAGCAGGGUUUCGCGUUUGGUCAAUUCACAGUUUCGCUGCUUAGGAUUGUUGAAAAAUGGUCAGUGAGUGUGAGACUGUUGGACGUAAUUUAUUAUAGUUCUUUGGGAUGGAUUGCCAAAUUACUGCGCACUGGAGCCCCUCAAAAGCCAGAAACAGGAGCUUCAGGAUGGAUUUGGAGCUAUAGAUGGUUUAAACAGGGGAAUCACGUCGUUUUGGAAGAAGAGUAUGAUCUUAUGGAAGACGUUGUGGAGGACAUGAGGAAGAAUUAA